ACUGUCGACACGACUCACCGUGUCCACAAAUCUCGAUGACAGUCCAGAAGAGAACAAAGGACUUAGUUUUUUGUUUGUUUUCUUUCAAACAAGCAUAGCAGAAGGUUUGCACGCCGUGGCAUGAUUUGCUCUCUGCAACGUAUGUGUAGUCUGUAGGAAGUUUGCCAAGUAAUUAGUUCCAUGGACCAUGAUCGGACUCGGAGUGAGUGUUUAGUCUUACAAUCAAAUUUUGUUUUGCAGAAAUCACAUUCAAUUUCACCAACACCUCAAUGCACAGACAGGUUGAUCUACUACGACUAGGUACUUCAGUGUCAGUCGUGAAUUAUCUCUGCAAGUGAAUACGUAUGGAAUCGUAGGAGGACGUUUGGCCAAUUGGUGGCAGUCGGCUCUAUGCCAGGGUUUAUAUAAUGGAUGAUCUUCUACGAGAUUACACUCCAUUCUCGUACUACCAGAAAAGAGUAACGUUGGCGGUAUGUGUGGCAUCUGCUCUAGCAGCACCUCAAGCAGCUAUACUUGUGUUCAUUGGAUCUGUACCUGAGUGGCAUUGCGCUGGCUCAGCAGCCAGUAGUAGCAAUGCAGCAGCAGCAGCAGCAGUAGCAACAGCAGCUGCUCAGGGGCUAGGCAAUCAUACUGCUGAUUGGCAACAUAAUGAUAUUCCGGGCGUUAUUGACUCUUCGCCAACUCAAUGCCAACGAUUGGCAAGUGGAUCCUGCUCUCCGGUAUACAAACAUCGACUGGCCAGUGCGAGUAGUGAGUUUGGUCUAAUAUGCAGCCAUGCGACCGACUCAAGUUAUGCACAAUCGCUGUAUUUUGUGGGAAUGUUGCUGGGUAGCUGGCUGGCUGGUUGGAGUUCAGACGCUUACGGCCGACGAGCUGCCAUCUUGGUUGCCAUGGUGUUCUUCUCUCUUGGCUCACUGUGGACCAUGUUGUCGGGAUCAUUUGGUUCGUUUGCCAUAUCCAGACUAGUCACAGGUAUUGGUGUAAUGUGUCUUGGUGUGACCAGCAACGUGUUAGUCAGUGAAUCCGUGGCCCCGGCUCAUCGAGCACUGACUACAACAUCGUGUAACCUCUUCUUUAGCAUUGGCUUAGCCGGUCUCUCUCUAUUAGCAAGCUAUAACUCAGCAAGCUGGAGAAGGCUGAUGGGCGUACUGACUGUGCUGGCAUUCUCCGCUAGUCUUGUUGUAUACAUUUGGGUGAGUGAGUCUCCAUUUUGGUUGCUGGCGAACAAGAGACACGACCAGCUGUCGGUGAUGUUGCAACGCUGGGCGGCAAGGUCUGGUAAAACCAUCCCAGACAGACUGUUGGAAAACUUGAGUUCUUCCAAAGAGAAACUGGUUGAAAGUGAUGAUGAAUCCCACCAAUCACCGUCUCACCGCUCAACAGUACAUCUUAGUUCACUGCUAGUCUUGCCUGUAUUUCGAUGGCACACACUAUCAGUGCUCUGGGCAUGGUUCACAGUGUGUAUGAUGUACUACGGUCUGACGUUACACGUGGAAGGUGUUGGCAGUAACAAAUACAUUAGUUUCUUCUUCAUGGCUAUAGUUGAACUUCCAGCUUUGCUUAUUGCCAUUGUUGUGCUAAAGUACAUCGGUCGGAGAACCUUCAUCUUCUGGACAAUGGUGAUGACGACAGUCUUCUGCACUCUAUCCUCGUUCAUAGCUAAAUGGUCCACACAAGUCAACGAUAAUGACAGUACACACAUGAAAGAGACGAUAGCUAACUGGCAGCUUGCAGUGUCAAUCUGUGGGAAAUUCUCAUCGUCAGCCGUCUUCUCAAUUCUCUACACAUAUUUACCAGAAUUACUGCCCACGCCGGUUAGGACAAGCGGCCUUGGUGUGUGCGUGGUUGUGUCCCGAUUGGGUGCUAUCAUAUCACCAUUUGUCCUGGCUUGGGGUCACAGCCACCCCAUGGCUCCGUACCUGUUGUUCUCAGUUUGUGGUGCAAUAGCGUGUGCUGGAAUAUACCGAUUACCGGAAACCAAGGACAGGGAUUUACCAGAGACGUUACAGGACUUGCACCAACUGGUGACUAAAGGCUGAGCGGCCGCUGACAGACAUCUACAUUGUGCACAAACACACACUGGCUGGCAUAGGAACACUGCUUGCAUAUGCUUCUGGUGCUGGCGCUGGUGGUAACUCAGGACUAGUCUAAUACCGUCACUGGCACCGCCGCAGACUGGAGACUGCAGAGUGGAGACUGCAGACUGGUGAGUGGAGACUGGAGAGACAUGAAGAGAUCCAAGUUAGUAGCAACGCCGGUGUACAAGUCAGUACAGUGUAAGCAUACGCACCGGAUUCAUGCCUGCUGACUGCCCAGGUCUUGAUGGCUGCUGACUGCCCAGGUCUUGAUGGCUGCUGACUGCCCAGGUCUUGAUGGCUGCUGACUGCCCAGGUCUUGAUGGCUGCUGACUGCCCAGGUCUUGAUGGCUGCUGAAUGCUCAGGUCUUGAAUUCAUGGCUGCUGAAUGCUCAAGUCUUGAAUUCAUGGCUGCUGAAUGCUCAAGUCUUGAAUAUAUGGCUGCUGAAUGCCCAGGUCUUGAAUACAUGGCUGCUGAAUGCUCAGGUGUUGGAUACGUGGCUGCUGAAUGCUCAGGUGUUGAAUACAUGGCUGUUGAACGCCCCAGGUCUUGAAUACAUGGCUGUUGAAUGCUCAGGUCUUGGACUCUUGGCUAUUGAAUGCCCGUGUCUGUUGUAUUUGCGAGCCAACCAGUGAACUUGUCUGACUAUAUUUCCUCGGCUUCACAUUCUCCAAAUGUGUAAUAAGCUGGGGCUGCCGUCAUAUCAAUGGAACACGUUUAUGAUCAAGGUGCGUAUGAUCAAUGGAACACGUUUAUGAUCAAGGUGCGUAUGAUCAAGCCGGUGCGUAGUACUCUCUCUGCUCACUUUGUGUUUUACUAUGUACGUAGGUGUGUGUACGCGCUCUAUCA